UCAUAGCAUCUACAAAGUUGCUAGUUGGAUCAAUAUGGUUCCCUAUACGUUACCGGGACGCUGUUUGGUCCUGGUCGUGAUCGUAUCGUUGCUAGGGACCGGCAAUGCCAAGUGGGUGGAAGGACAUAUUGAUACUAAAGAGCGGUGGGCGUUUCUAUCGCGCUUCUGCUUCCUCUCGCUGGAGGGCCAGUUCGAAUACCAGAUAGAGUUCGACAAGGACAUGGGAACCCCCAACUUGCUGUUGUACUACGACGAUGACAGCCAAUGGCCGGCUGUGUAUCAUAGUAGCAAGACUUGCAAAGAGCGUGAAGCUGUGUUGAACAAAGCCGGUCAGAACCAGGUGAUCAAGCUGUCGCACUGGUAUCCGGACACGGAGUUCUCUGGAUGCGUCAUCACGAAGGAGAACAAGGAACUGCCGGCUUCUAAAAGCACAACAACUAUUCAACCUCUUCCAAAAGUCCCAAUACCACCGUCAGACGAAAACAACACCGGCGAAACACCGAUCCCUUCGCCAGAACCUUCAUACUACGAGCAGUUUCUCAAAACUACCACGGUCAAACCAAAAUCUACUAUUGUCGAUACAAAUUCUACCACAUGGUAUGAAGUUGUACCAACAGAUGAAUUCGAGACGACGACUAUAGAGGAUGAGCUGUGGGAAAGUGUAGGAGGGAAUGGUAGUCAAUUUGAGAACUUGAAAGAUGUUGAAUUAAUGUUUUCUAACAAGGAUUCGUCUGGGCACAAGAUCAAGCGCUCGACGUCCGAACUCUACGAGCGCUUAAAGCGCCGUCGAAUCCACGGCGAGACGAACGCUGCGUAUAGCAACUCUGGCAAUACUGGCAACACUCGAGAGAAAUUAAUAGUAUCGUGUCACAACUCUAGGAGGUUUCGCAGCGCUAGAGAGCGGUGGUGGUUCAUAGCUAUCAGUAAUUGUGACAGCCCUAAGGGCUUGGACGUGAGGUACAAAUUCCUAAUGACAAACGGACCGGAAGGAGAUUUCUGGCAUUACCAUUUCUCUGCGGAUGAGUUUUACGUCCUGCCCGUCCUUCUCGCCUACACCUUAGCCUACGUCAUAGUAAUGGUGGCCGUCAUAAUGUGUAGCGUCGAGCUCAAGUCACGUCAUCUCCUACACUCUACUUACAAGCUGUUCCUGUUCUCCGCCGCGGCGCAGCACUGCGGGCUGACGCUGCAGGCGCUGCAGUAUGUCAGCGCAGCUGUCAAUGGGUACCAACGAGGCGCUAACAACUACAUGGGGCAAUUCCUAUGCGGUAUCUCAGAGAUGUCCUUUCUCCUAGUGCUAGUACUAAUGGCGAAGGGCUAUUCCAUAACUAGAGCACGACUGAAGCUGUCGUUUAGCGUGAGGUUGACCAUAUUCAUGUGUAUUUACUGCUGUAUGUACCUGGCUCUGCUGUUCUAUCAAGCUAAGGCAUUCGACCCGGGCGAGGUUCUCUACCUCUACGAGAGUCCCCCCGGCUACGCAUUAAUAGCGCUACGAAUUUGUGCGUGGUUUGUGUUCGCGUACGCCACCUUCUUCACUGUCAAGAAGUUUCCGCAGAAGAACAUGUUCUAUUGCCCUUUCUUCAUCUGCGGAACCCUUUGGUUCCACGCGGGGCCGCUCUUCAUACUCACCGCCAACUCUUAUAUUGACAAGUGGGUCCGUGAGAGCGUGGUCACGGCUGUGUUGCUGUUCAUUACUUUCUGUGGACACAUCAUGUUUCUGCUGCUGACGCUACCUGUCUUCGCCAACAAAAACUUUCCAUACCACGUGCGGACCACGCAGAUUGGAGUCAUGGAGGUGGCCGGCAGUGGUGCUCUGGACAACUUCGGGCACAACCCCUACCAGCCGGGCGCGGGCGCGCCGCAAACUGUCAUCAUUCCAUUGACUAGAAGGACCGAAGAACUUAUAGGAAACAUGUACAGCCAAUACAUGGCGCCUACCCCUCUAACCCUCGACGAGCACCGCCUACCCAUCGCAACCAUCCUACCGCCGCCUACCCUCAACAAUAUACCUAAGAGAAUCGAAUCUCUAUCCCCGAAAAACCGCUUAGAACAGCAAGACAGCACAGAUACCAAUACUUCAGAGGAUAUAAAACCGACUUUGAGUAAGACAGAGACAGAAGAUGAAACGAAAGAUGUGUUUACUAUUGAAGGGCAGAUGGAUAAGAUAAAUUCUGAGUUUGUUGGGAAGCUUUCGCCUGAGACUUCGCUUAGUUUAGUGAAUGGAGUGCCCAGUCCGCCAGAGGUCGCUAGUCCUACUGGCAGUUUUAGAGACUCAUCGCGCAACCUGCCCCUGCUCCGCUCGCGGCGCGCCGUGCUGGACCCCCUGCCGGCGGGGGAGCCACCACAGUGGUCGCUGGCGCGCGGGCCCAGCGUCGUCGCCAUGAUGAAGAAGAGGACUGUUGAGGAUGAUGAUCUAGACUCCCCAAGCCACGACUUUCUGCCCGCCGGUAAGAAAGUCCCAGCCGUCCGCAACGGCCUGCCGAGCUCAGGGGAAAUAUCUACCAUACACGAGGGCAGAGUGCCCACCUUCAGCAACACUGUCAGCAAGGCCACUAUAGACCUGUUUAGUGUUGGGAGCAGGAGCUAGAAGUUGGUAGCAGAAGGAGAAGUAAGAAGGAGAAGAAUUCGGAGUUACUAAUUAGAUAGAUAUAGGGUGGCAUCAUGUGGGGGUCACCACUUAAAUAUAUCGUAAAACUAACAAACGAAAUAUCCACGAUACACGAGGGCCAAGGCCACAUUCAGCAAUACUGUCAGCAAGGCCACUAUAGACUUGUUCAGUGUCGGUAGCAGAAGCUAGAAGUUGGUACCAGAAGAGAAGUAAGAAGAAGUCGGAAUUACUUAUUAGAUAUAACUACCUAGGGGUCUUAAAAGACUUUCUAACGACAUCGACAUACGUCUGGUCGUUAUUGGUAGGUGGAUCCCAUACAUUUUUGCCCAAUAUCCUUUGGUUUUACAACAUUUGUAAAAUCGUAUUCUUUUUACAAAUUGGGAUACGCUGCACUGUCAAAGGUAGGUAAUAUGAGAAAAGUAAAUGUAAGAUGUUAUUU